AUUCAUAAAAUCGACGCGGCAGAGGAGAGUCGCGAAACGAUGGCGGCUCUGGCGCUCGCGUUGCGGUCAUCGGGGAGUCUCUGCGGGGCUGCGCGCCGCGGAGCCGCCGCCGCUGCUGCCGUCUCGGCAUCGUGCGGGUCGCGCAGAGGCGCCGCUCACUUCACGUUCGUGGCGGACCCUGCGCCCACGCAGUACGGAGAAACUCAGAAGAUGAAUCUUUUCCAAUCCAUAAACAGUGCCAUCGAUGACUCUCUUGCCAACGAUGCAUCUGCCGUGGUGUUUGGAGAGGACGUCUCGUUUGGAGGAGUGUUCCGCUGCACAGUCGGGCUUCUCGACAAAUACGGCAAGGACCGCGUCUUCAACACGCCGCUGUGUGAGCAAGGCAUCGUGGGCUUCGCCAUCGGCAUGGCCGUCACCGGAGCUACCGCCAUCGCCGAAAUCCAGUUUGCCGACUACAUCUACCCGGCGUUUGACCAGAUCGUGAACGAGGCCGCCAAGUACCGCUACCGCUCGGGGAACAUGUUCAACUGCGGGGGGCUCACGGUGCGUGCGCCGUGGGGGUGCGUGGGCCACGGCGCGCUCUACCACUCGCAGAGCCCCGAGGCCUUCUUCGCUCACGUGCCCGGGAUCAAGGUGGUUAUUCCGAGGGGGCCCAUUCAAGCCAAGGGGCUGCUGCUAUCCUGCAUCAACGACCAGAACCCGUGCAUCUUCUUUGAGCCGAAGGUUCUGUACCGAGCCGCAGUGGAGCAGGUGCCGGUGGGGCACUACGAGCUGCCGCUGUCCCAGGCCGAGGUGCUGCAGGAGGGCAGCGACAUCACGCUGCUCGGCUGGGGCACGCAGGUGCACGUGCUGCGGGAGGUGGCUGCCCUGGCCCAGGAGAAGCUCGGCGUGUCGUGUGAACUCAUCGACCUGCAGACCAUCCUGCCCUGGGACAUGGUCACCGUGUGCAAGUCCGUGGUGAAGACGGGCCGGCUUCUCGUGGCGCACGAGGCUCCGUACACCAGCGGAUUCGCGGCGGAGAUCGCCACCACGGUGCAGGAGCAAUGCUUCCUGAACAUGGAGGCGCCCGUGCACCGCGUGUGUGGCUUCGACACGCCCUUCUCCCACAUCCACGAGGUCUUCUACAUCCCCGACAAGUGGCGCUGCUUCGAAGGAGUCCGCAAGCUCAUGGCCUAUUGAGCGACCGGGAUGCGGGAGGGGUGGAGGGGGGUUGUCGGGGCAAAGCCCUCGGAUCCCCGCCGUUCUCAGGAUCGUGGGGGGGGGCGGGGGGUGGGGGGGGCGUCUCGCCCGCCUAAGUCCGACCCUUUCACGCUGCGCUCAACGGUCACGCAAAGCAGGAGGCUGGGUUCCGAGGCCUCCGUGGUGCAGGUUGAACGAUUUUAAUUUAUCAUUGCUCUGAGCAGUGUUAGGAGGGGGGUGACUUCUUGCGGGGGAAGGGAAAACAGACAAAACAUCUUAAAUACGCGGGACUUUGUUUUUGAAGUUACGUGAAUUUCGCGAUUUCACGCAAGCUGCUUCAUUUCAGUGACUUUUACGAUCGCUUCAAACGAACUCGCGUUGCGCCCAUUCGUUGAACCCGGGGAAAAUAACCGUGACGUGCAAUGACCUGCCGCUCCGUGCCCCGUGUCGUCGGUACCAUGCGACCGCAUCGCGAAGGCGCUGCACGCGGAGGAUGGUGAGGCUGAGUUGAGAGGCAGGGAGAGAGGCAGUCGGUCACGGGCAGAGAGACGACCGCUGUAAGCCUGGACUUGAACAGGGGGGCGGGCAGUCGACAGCGCGGACCGCUGGGGUGAAGGGGUUCCAAUCCGCGAAUGUCGGGCCGAUGCUUCGCUGCUUCAGCCCCCAAGCUGCUAACUCCCAUCACUUCCCCAUUCGAAUCGUCGAAUUGUUUCGCACUGUUAUUUGUGAAAAGUAAUCGUGAAACUUAGUGACGCAAUGACAGUGGAGCGAUGGUUAACCGAACCUCCCAGCUCUUGGUUAAUCCGAUCGCGGUCACGCAUUUUGCAUGUCCAGCGCCGAUUGCGAGCCCUGUUCAUAUUUCGCGAUGCCGUAGCAGCGACGACUUUCUGCUCCCCGCUCGGCUAUUUGCAGCCCCGUGAUUGGCUGCGGUCAUAGCUCGCCACUCGCCCUUGUAGAGUGGGCCAGGUCAGGCUCCAGCGCUGGGUAUUGAUGCAGUCCAUCAUCAUCAUCAUCUCAAAUCCAGGGUCGGUAAAAUAGAUUACCACGUUGUUGGGAGGAAAGGGCUUCAAGGUUCAGUCUUCGCGCCAAAGGUCUCUUCCUCUCUUUAAUUCACAGUCACCUCCGAUUAGCACGGUUGGAUACGUACGGUGUGAAAGAAGUUCUACAUUCAUACAUCACCAUCGUAGUUCUGCUGCUGCUGCUGCUGCACAUUCACAGCAGGAGCAGCAGCGUUCAAUCUACAUGCGUACAUUCAAUGCCGUGCAGCAUCAUUUCCCAUGAUUCCUGAUUUUUUGCUGAUUUAAAAAAGAUUAAACACAAAUGUAUUCAUCUUCUUGGUUCUUUCGGUAAAGCCUGAGGACGGCUGCUUGCGUUGUGGCCGAAACGUCGUGAGAAUUAUUUUAUUGUGUUUUAUUUUUAUUAUUUUAUUAUUUCCAUUCUACGUGACUUUACCGAAAGAACCAAGAAGAUGAAUCCCUGCAGUCACGAAAGCUUUACAUCGAAACACAAAUGUAUUGUUUUACUUUAAGUUCUCUGUUUCACUCUCACAUCCCAGUUGUGCCUUUUGGCAUUUUCUAACGCUCUUCCAGGCCACGUUACCACAAUUUAGAAAUGUGUUUUGGGGGUAACGUCUGAAGAACCCCAAAAAGAUGUUCGGGAGUUCGGUGAAAUGUCCCCGAGACUCGGGAGGGCUUUCUUGCCGAACAUCCUAGGCAACAAAAACGGCACCCGUAAGGAUUCUUAGGAUUUCUGUGACAUUGCCGAAGGCUCUGGAGCCACGGGUAUACAUCGAGUCUUGUCUUGUGCACCACUGUGUCCUGUUAACGUUUCUCCCUUCCACGUGUGUGCAAUACCUUCCUCCGUUUGAUCAUUUCCCGCGAUGAUUCCUCGGGUCGCGGCGGUGAACGGCGUGGAAGUGUCCGUGCGAGUUUCCCUAUGGUGGUAUAAAAUGUGGUUUUUGUUGUUGUUACUACCGGGUAAAAAAAAUAAAAUAAAAACAAUAACAAAGAAAAAAAAAGGUUCUCGCUUAUACGCGCCGCUU